AUGAAUGUCCGGCCUCCAGCAUCUACUCUGGACAGGAGUGUGGAUACACCACUGGCGUUGUUGCCUGAUGCACCUCCUUUGGAAGAGGACACGGUCCACUGUCAGAACUGGCAGGAGACAGUGGAGCCGCACACACUCGCCUCUCUCGGCUCCCGGGAGAUCGAACGGCAGGCUGUCAUAUAUGAGCUGUUCACAACGGAAGCAUCUCAUUUGCGGACUCUCAGGGUUCUCGAUCAGGUGUUCUUCCAGAAGAUGAGGAACCUUUUGACCGUCGAAGAACUUUCCUGUAUCUUCCCCAACCUGCCCCAGGUCUACAGUCUUCAUGCGAAUCUGUGUGAGUCCAUGAAGAGGCUGAGGGACUCUUCUAUAGUUCAAGGCAUCGGAGACAUCAUGGUGUCUAGAUUUGAAGACGCUGCAGGAGAGGAGUUCCAGGAGCAGGUGUCUCACCUGUGCAGUCAGCAGAGUCAGGCACUGGAGCUCAUUAAAAAUAAAUGCAAAGACCCGCGUUUCGCGCACCUUAUACAGGAAUGUGAAGCCAGCCCUCACUGCCGCCGACUACAAUUAAAGGACCUUCUAGUGUCUGAGAUGCAGAGACUCACCAAAUACCCCUUGCUGCUGGAUAACAUCAUCAGACACACAGAAGCUGGUUCUCCAGACCUGCAGCCAUUGGUGAGGGCACAGGCGUGCUGCCGUGGGAUACUGCGAGCUGUCAAUGAGGUCGUCAGGGAGACGGAGCACCGGCGACUGCUCAGCCGUUAUCAGCGCAGGCUAGACUUGUCCCCUCUGGAGAGGCAGGCCAGUCCUGUCGCUGCUCAGUUCAAGAAUCUGGACCUGAGCACUAAGAAAAUGAUCCACGAAGGACCGUUGACUUGGAAAGUUAGUAAAGAUAAAGCUAUAGACAUUCAUGCUCUGCUUCUCUCAGACCUGUUGGUGCUACUCCAAAGGGGUCCAGGUGACCGUUUGAACUUGCGAUGUCCAGCGCGCUCACUGGGUGGGGUUUGGGGUGGGAACACGCACCUCAAAACCACCUUUUGCCCCGUUGUUCGCUUGGAUUCAUCUCUUGUCAGAUCUGUGGCUACAGAUAACAAGGCCUUGUAUGUGAUCAGUACAUCAGAGAGACAGAUAUACGAGCUGGUGGCUGGGACUUCCUCUGAGAAAAACACAUGGAAGAACCUGUUAGAAAAGACCAUCUCCUCGGCCUCUGGAGGCAUUGAAGCCACCGAGCAAGGAUCAACAGCUCCGUAA